AUGUCGACCAAUGCCGGGGCACCAAGCCACCGCCAAUCCAUGUCGACCCACAAUCACGGCUUGCGUCGCGAGGUAUCUCGCUUUCUGGACUUGGAGGCAGCAUUGGAUAGCGAUGAAGGGGAAGGGGACGAAGAUGUUCUGGAGGAUAACUUCCUUGACGAUCAAGCACUUGACAAUUGGCCAUCAGCCAACCCCUGGCCGGAGCAGGAGAUGGAAGACGCUCAGGAGGAGAACUCCAGGCUGUGUUCUUUGGCACAAUCCUACGUGCAUCGAGCCACUCUCGGGAGAACUCUUGCUUCGUUGUCCGAACUUGGCAUCCCAUUGGAUGCUCGGGGAGGGCCUGCUGACGGCCAAUGCAUGAUGAAGGUUCAAGUGCUCACUGGCGACGCCAUGUGCUUCCUCGUAUGGCUUUACAAUCUCGCUGUAUUUGAGGAUACUUGGGCUAUCCUAUCAGCAUCCGUGCUUGCUGGGAACGUCUGCUAUGUGGAAGCCAAUUCACCAACAGGCAUACGUGAAGCUCUGGAUCUCGCAAAAGGGGAAGGAUAUCGGUUCCGGACUCAGCUCAUUGAACCGGGUGAUUGUGCCUCUAUCUUCUCUCGGCCGCCCGUAAGCUUCACCUCACGUUCCUGGGCUUCAUUGCGACGGGGACGUUACAGAGGUGAUGCAGCAUAUAUCGAAUAUGUGUCACGGGAGACGGCAAAGGCCACGAUCUGGCUCAUUCCUCGACUGGAUCUUCGCCCGCAGUCUGAGCGUAGGGCAAGAAAGCUGCGCGGCAGGCCAGCUCAAAUCGCAUUACGGACCGAGAUGGUGGAGCAGAGUUGGGGAGCGGCGGUUGUCAGAGAUGCCCUAGACAAGGAAGCGUUUUUCUUCCAGAACAAAAUGUUCAAGGCUGGUCUCAUGCAAACAGAGGUAGAACUGGACUGGCUAUCUCCCGGAUACAGCUACAACCACUUCACCUACUGCCACUUCAAGGCCGCUUCCCAGAUACCGCGUCAACUCAUUUCCGCAUUUUACUCUCAGGCCGACACAAUUGCUCUACAAAUUGGUGAUCGAGUCAAGAUCACCCUAGGCGAGCAACAAGGCUUCACGGGUAGAGUCCUCGACGUUAACGGGGAUACUAUUCACAUAUGUGGAGACAAUCCCAAGCUUCCUGUUGCCGCCUCUGCACUUUCAAAGUACGUUGGAAGGGAUUUCCGCGUCGGAGAUACUGUCAGAGCAGUAGACGGAGUGUUUGUGGGGAAGUGGGGGAUGGUUACGGACGUUGGCAAUGGUCAUGGCCUGACCUUCAUGCUGCCACAUAGUACAACACAUGUUACCGAAGACAAGCGACACGUGGAGUUCUACGAUCCACCUCCUGGUUCUGCUCUCCAGUUAGAGGGCGAUGUAUCAAGCACCACGCCCGUCUAG